AUGGUUCCUCACGUUGAGGACAAGGUUCCUCACGCUGAGAACAAGGUUCCUCACGCUGAGUACAAGGUUCCUCACGCUGAGGACAAGGUUCCUGGCGCUGCGGACAAGGUUCCUGGCGCUGAGGACAAGGUUCCUGGCGCUGAGGACAAGGUUCCUCACGUUGAGGACAAGGUUCCUCACGCUGAGGACAAGGUUCCUCACGCUGAGGACAAGGUUCCUGAUGCUGUGGACAAGGUUCCUGACGCUCAGGACAAGGUUCCUGACGCUGAGGACAGGGUUCCUGACGCUGAGGACAUGGUUCCUCACGUUGAGGACAAGGUUCCUCACGCUGAGAACAAGGUUCCUCACGCUGAGUACAAGGUUCCUCACGCUGAGGACAAGGUUCCUGGCGCUGAGGUCAAGGUUCCUGGCGCUGAGGACAAGGUUACCGGCGCUGAGGUCAACGUUCCUGGCGUGGAGGACAAGGUUCCUGGCGCUGAGGUAAGGUUCCCGGCGCUAAGGACAAGGUUCCUCACGCUGAGGACAAGGUUCCUCAUGCUGAGGACAAGGUUCCUCACGCUGAGGACAAGGUUCCUCACGCUGAGGACAAGGUUCCUCACGCUGAGGACAAGGUUCCUCAUGCUGAGGACAAGGUUUCUGGCGCUGAGGACAAGGUUCUUGGCGCUGAAGACAAGGUUCCUGGCACUGAGGACAAGGUUCCUGACGCUGAGGACAAGGUUCCUGACGCUGAGGACAAGGUUCCUCACGCUGAGGACAAGGUUCCUCACGUUGAGGACAAGGUUCCUCACGCUGAGGACAAGGUUCCUGGCGCUGAGGUCAAGGUUCCUGGCGCUGAGGACAAGGUUCCUGGCGCUGAGGACAAGGUUCCUGGCACUGAGGACAAGGUUCCUGACGCUGAGGACAAGGUUCCUGACGCUGAGGACAAGGUUCCUCACGCUGAGGACAAGGUUCCUCACGCUGAGGACAAGGUUCCUGACGCUGUGGACAAGGUUCCUGACGCUCAAGACAAGGUUCCUGACGCUGAGGACAGGGUUCCUGACGCUGAGGACAUGGUUCCUCACGUUGAGGACAAGGUUCCUCACGCUGAGAACAAGGUUCCUCACGCUGAGGACAAGGUUCCUCACGCUGAGGACAAGGUUCCUGGCGCUGAGGACAAGGUUCCUGGCGCUGAGGACAAGGUUCCUCACGCUGAAGACAAGGUUCCUCACGCUGAGGAAAAGGUUCCUCACGUUGAGGACAAGGUUCCUCACGCUGAGGACAAGGUUCCUCACGCUGAGGACAAGGUUCCUCACGUUGAGGACAAGGUUCCUCACGCUGAGGACAAGGUUCCUCACGCUGACGACAAGGUUCCUCACGCUGAGGACACGCGCGGAGGUUGUCGUACAUUCUCGUCACUCAUACUUGUAAGUUAUGAUGUAGUUUUUAACUGUCAGGUAGAGAAAUGAGACAACUUAAAGCGUAGAUACUGUAGUUUUCCGUGAAUUUGCUUUUUUAAGGCUUUUUUUUCGUUUUGAAACGUGAUCCAUGCCCCCCCCCCCGCCCCCUUUUCAUCCUUUUAUUUUCGAGUGGUGAAAACAAUAUUCGCGCGGCCGUGUAAUAUCCUCUAUAUAUGGCAAUACAAUGACGAGUCUGCAUACAUAAUGAGUUACACAAUAAAGCGCUAGUCAGACGAACUUUAUGCGGAUUUUUAAAUGUUUUUAACGCGUUUUUAAGUGAAUACAUAUAUUUACUGGGUUGUCUAUGCUAGUAUCCGAGUUAUAGAAAAUACUACCCGAAGAGAUAAAAUUUAUACCAAAAAUGACGUCAUUGUCGUUGCUAUAGUAAUCAUGACGUUUCAGUAUGUCCGAUGUUUUGCUUCAGUGA